GCAAAAUGUACAUUAGCUUGGUGGUAAUCAGCGCAGUGGUUUUGGGAUGCAGUGCCCAGCACUAUGGCUAUGGACAGGAAGCGUCGUCCUGGUCCGGACAUGAUGGUGGUCAUGGCGGUCACGCUGUCGACUACUAUGCACAUCCCAAAUAUGAAUUCAAAUACGGCGUGGACGAUGCUCACACCGGUGACCACAAGAGCCAGUACGAGGUACGCGAUGGAGACGCAGUCCAUGGGGAGUACUCCUUACACGAGGCCGAUGGUACCAUUCGCACUGUGAAGUACACAGCUGACCACAAGAACGGUUUUAACGCACAGGUUAUCAGAUCUGGUCACGCCAGUCACCCACAACACUACGCCACUCAUGGACAUGGACACUAUGGCCACUACUAAUUUCUUGUAAAGAAAUCCUAGAUCAAUUUCAAUUGUAUAUAGCUAAAUAAAGAUUUUUUAACUGUU